AUGACCUCUAGUCCGAAUAGUGAAGAUAUAAUUACCCAAAUUACUGGAAACUUUGGAAAAUGGCAGCUGAAAACAUUGAUUUUUAUUUGCCUCUGCAAAAUCCCCGCCACCUGGUUUAUGGCCUGUAUUAGCUUUACAGCACCAGUACCACAAACUUCGGAAUUCCUCUGUAUACCAGCUGAGCGAGAUGUUGAUCAUCAUACCAUACGACCAGCUGAGAUGUGGCUGAAACAUCAAAAUGAAACAACAACAAAUACAACGAAUGAAUUACUGGAAAAGACAGAUCGUGAAUUUUUCAUUGAUCAAUGUUACAGCUAUCGGCUGGCGGAUAGUAUCAACCUAACCGAAUAUGAAUGGAAAAUUACGCCAAACAAUCAAAGUAAUUGGUUUGGGAAUAGCGAAGUAGUUGAAGUACCCUGCGAACAAUUUGAACAUAGAGCGGAAUAUAAAUCGCUCGUGACACAAUUCGAUUUGGUGUGUUCGCGGGAAAUGUUGGUCUCAUUGACUCAGGCAUUUCAUGCACUGGGUGGAUUGAUUGGUGGCCUGAUCGCUUUGAAUAUUUUGAAAUACAUUAGCCCCAAGCGUCUCAUGAUGAUAGGUAUUGUUGGUCAAAUUAUUUGUGGUAAUCUAACUGGCUUAGUAUCCACAUUUAUACUACACGUCUACUAUCGCUGUUUGACAUCGGUGUUUUGUUCAUUUAUGACAACCUCUGGACAGGUUAUAGUUUCCGAUAUAACAUCGGGUAAACAGCGAACCAUCAUAUUGGUAUUAUCUGAAAUGUUCGCAUCCAUCGCUCUCAUCCUGCUGCCUGGUGUGUCUAUGUAUUGUGAUAGCUGGACCUACCUUUACAUAGCGAUCUCCUCAUCCCUUUUACUUUUUAUAAUACCACACAGAUUCAUAACAGAUAGUCCCCGCUGGCACCUCAAGCAGGGCCAUAUCGAUGAAACCUUGAAAAUAUUAAGCAAGGCAGCCUCUAUUAAUUGUCGCCAAAUUCCCAGUGAUGUUAUGCCACGUUUAGAACAGAAAUCAUGGCAAAUGAAAAAUAGUCGAAUGCCAUCCUAUUGGACCAUAUGGGAUGGUAAAACUCCGAGACGUUUUAUAUUUAUGCUCCAUUGGAAUUGGUCCGUAUCGAUGGUUAUUUAUACCGUGAUGAUUUUGAUGAUUCGACUGCUGGGUGUAAAGUAUAUGCAUGUCAAUACCUUUUGUUUGGGCUUUGCUGAAAUUUUGGGAAUUGCUAUGGGCCUCUACAUAAUCAUGUAUACCCGAAAGCACUGGCUGCAUUCUGGAUGGUUAUUAAUUCUGGGAGGAGUUACCACAUAUUUUAUAUGGCUAUCGCCGGAUGGAAUUAAGGAAUCCCGCAAAGCUGGCUACGAGCUGUGCUUCUGGCUGAUAUUGAAAAUGUUAAAUUCCGCAGUACUGAUCGUUCUAACAACACGCACCGCUGAAAUGGUGUCCAUCGAAAAACGACCUAUGCUGAUGCUUUCCACAGGAUGUUUCAGUCGUUUCUGGUUAACGGUGGUCCCUUUUACCCUGGUAGUGGGUAAAAUUCAUUAUCUUCUGCCGAUGACAAUGUUCGCAACUGCUGCAAUAAGUAGUGGCAUUAUGUUGUGUUAUUUUAAUCGACAUUUUCAAAAUGCAGAUGUCAAGCCGACUAUUGUUCCUGCUAAGAGUUGUACAUACCGGAAGAGAUCGUCGUUGCUUUUUGGAGGGAAAUAG